AUGCGCCCUGGACUCGGAGAUUGCAUCCAACAGAUCGAUGAUGCUCGAAAGACCGUUGUCAUAAUGAACUCUCAAGACUGGGCAUUGACAUCGCCCACCUGCAAGAAACUCGUCUGGCUGACAGCGGUUCCAUCAGAGGCCAACUACACCUUCUUCUGGCAGGGCCUGCCUCAGGAUGACGCAAGGCAACAAGGCGUAGGCUUCGCUCUGAACACCCCGUUCUCGACACUGGCACCAGUUCGACCUUGUCAUCACCAGGCGUCCAGACCUAAGGAGCGUUCUUCUCACUGGGAGCUUCCACAGCGCAGACUACGACACGGACAACCCCCUACGCGAAGGUCGACACAUCCUCCUCCAGUGCCACUGACAUCGACAGUAGAUGGCACCCUCCUCCGUGAUGCCAUAUACACCUCAGCGUUUGGGAAGAAGGAUCGGCGAAAUGCGGACUGGCACGAAACUCAUUGGGAUGAGAUGCAGCCAGCCUCUGAAGCCAAGAGACAACCACUUCUGGCCUACAAGCAAAACUCUUGCGUCAGUACUCGCGAUGUCCAUAGAGCUGCUCGCAGCAAGGCCCAACAGACUGCACGGCGCUGCGCCAACAACUACUAG